AAAAUCUGCACAAAGACUCCAAAGGGGCUUUUUUUUUUUUUAAAUCUUGGCUCUGAAAAUGGCGUCGGCGAGCACUUGGAUGUUGUCGAUGAAGGUACUGUUUAUUUCUAGUGGUGUAUUGAGUAUAGCUUUAGGACUUAAAUUAUCUGUUCCAUUGGUUCUGGAAUUCUCCGUUUCUCAAGCUCCGUUACUGUGGAGCACGUUCCGUUCUUGGCUCAAACCGCCUUAUCUUUACUUUGUCAUAAACGGGAUUAUAAUCACGAUUGCGGUUUCGUCACGGUUUCAUCAGAACAAUGGCGAGAAUGAAAAGACGGAGGAGCUGAUGCAGCAGCAGCCGAGAUCGAAGAUCUUGGUGGAACAGCGGCCUGAUUUGGAGUACGAGAUGAAGAGCAGCUUGGAUUUCGAUUCGGUGGAAACGGUGGUGUACGAGCAAAAGGAGAUAGUACAAGAGGUGGAAACAACGGUUUUUGAGGCGGAGACCAAUGUAGCGGUUGUAGAUGAUGGAGAUGGAGGUGACGUGUUUGCUAUCUCCAAAUCGGAGUGGAUUCCUCCUAGGAGAAUGGAUUCGUCGGAGAUUCCGUUGGAUGUUCUGUUUCCGGUUGAAAAACCACCUGCUUCUUCUAGAUUCGGUCACCGUAAACCUGUUAAAGCCAAUCCUGAAGGUGGCCGAGCAUUGAAAGUGGCGAAGCCCAAACGCCAUGAGACACUGGAGAGCACGUGGAAGAUGAUAACGGAAGGGAGAGCGAUGCCAUUGACGAGGCACUUGAAGAAGUUGGACACGUUUGAGAAUCACGGCCGCGAGAUCAACGUGGAGACCAUGGCCGACUCGCCGUUGGUGAAGAAAUCGGAGACGUUCAGGGACCGGACUAAUUACCAGCUUCCACCGAGCUCUUCUCCGGCUUCGGGGAAGCUGAGGAAAGAGCCGUCGCUGAGUCAAGACGAGUUGAACCGUCGAGUGGAAGCGUUCAUAAAGAAGUUCAACGAGGAAAUGAGAUUACAAAGGCAAGAAUCACUAAACCAGUAUAUGGAGAUGGUUAACCGUGGAUGUUAGCCACUAAUUAUCGUUUAACCAUAGUUUUAAAUCAUGUUUUUUUUAAGUAACAGAAAAUAUGUUCAUUAAUUUGUUUUUUAAAUAUGUUUCCUCCAUUAGGUCUAAAGAAGUUUGUGGAGACUUGGAGUUGAAAAAUUUUUGAAAAAAUACCCAAAAAAAAAUGAAGAAAAACUAAGGGUGUAGAUUUUAUGGUACAGCUAGUUUUGAGUGGUAUUAGAAUCAUUAAUGGUAAUUAAAAGUACUGUAAAUUAAGGAAAUUAGCUGUUUGUUUGUUUUUGGGUUUAACUCAUAUUUCAAUGAAAGAUUGAUAUGUUUAUUAAA